AUGACCACUGCAGAUAUUAGGGCCUCGUUCGCAGAAAUCCUGAGAAAAGAAGUACGAGAAACGAGCAGCAUCACGGAACUGGUCCCUAGAGCUACGCUGGAGAUACGGGACUGCGAUUGCUGCACAUCGUUGAUAGAAGUCGAGGAGGCCCUAAAGAGGACCCUGCCAGACUACUCGGGGAAAAUCAAAAUUAAGAUGACGAACCCCAACGCGAGACAACAAUGCCUGGCCCUCGUCAAAAUAGAAGAGGAAGCAGCUGCGAUGCUUUUAAAGGCCGGACGAGUGCUGGUCGGUUUCGUCAGCUGCAGGGUCAGGCGAAGGGCAGAAGUGGGGCGAUGCUACCGCUGUCUCAACUAUGGUCACUAUAACGCCUCGUGCACGGGAUCUGAUCGUAGUAAGUUUUGCUAUUUCUGCGGUGGCACGGGGCACAAGAUAAAAGACUGCAAGGACAGCGAGCCUACUUGCUUCUUGUGCUCCAAUAGCGUAGUUGAAACUAGGAAGCACCUGGCGGGAUCAAGGGCCUGCAAAACUUUCCAGGAGGCCCUUGUAAUAACUAACAAGAAGAAAAAAGGAUGA